AUGCCAGAGGCUGUGAAUGAUGGAGAAGCCGGCUAUCAUUCUUCAUGUUACAGGCGAUUUUCUGCUGUAGAUUUUAAUAAAUAUAAACCAAGACCAAAAGUAAAGCAUCCUCCAACUAAUGUGAGUGCACCUUUGCAUUCUUUGAUACCUUCUACCAGUGCUGGACAGCCUUCUACUAGUGCUGGACAGCCUUCUACCAGUGCUGGACAGCCUUCUAACAGUGCUGGACAGCCUUCUUUGACGUUAGAUUAUUGCUGUUCCAUUUCACCUUCCACGGCUACUGUUAACACUGCCGAUAUCGAAGGAGACCAAAAAAUUCAGAGAACAUCAGCAGAUGAGGGCGCGAACACCAGUAACCUUCAAGACCUAAAAGAUUUCCAUGGACAACCUGAUCAAAAAUGUUUCUUCUGUCGUAAGUGCAAUAAAAGGAGGAAUGGCCGUUUGCAAUUAUUAAUUGUUGCAAAAUCCGACAGGCUUCUGAAAAAAAUGAAAACUAUUGCAACUGAAGUCAACGACAUAGAUGUUUUAUUGGAUUUAAGUUUCUACGUAGCUUCCAAUUCACCUUUUAUCUAUCAUAUAGUUUGCUACCGAAGUUAUCUAAACAAAAUGAAUAAAAAAUUAUCUGAUAAACAUACUGCCUGGCAUGAUCGUCGCAACCACUACAAGAAAGCUUAUCAAAAUCUUUGCGAAUAUAUUAAUGCGGAGAUUUUGUCCAAGAAACGUUGCGCAUUGUAUUCCGAUAUAUGCCAAUAUUUUCAAAUAAUUCUGAAGGAACAAUAUGAUAAUGUUUCCUUAGAUGUUGGAAUAUUUUGUACCAGUUACCUGAAAAAAAAAUUGCUGGCAACCUUUGGUGAGAAAAUUCAAAUAUUAGAAGUGGAGGGAUCAACGGUACUUGCAUAUGGGGGUAUUAAUGAACUAGCUGAUACAUUCAUUUCAAGAUUAAAAAUUAAUUCAAUAAUAAGGAAAGCCGCAUUAUCAUUAAGGGAUGAAAUUAAAAAUAUUGACACUAAUACUUUACCAGAAGAGCUCAAUGCACAACAAUUGAUACAGGGUGAAUGCGAUAUACCCGAACUAUUAAUAAUUUUUUGGUCGACAUUGAUAAGUGGUUUCGAUUUAAAAAAGAAGAAAAGUACCAAAUGUGAAAGGCUCGUUAAAUCAUUUUCUGAAGACAUGAUAUAUGCCGUUAGCAAUGGAGCUAUAAAAACGUCUGGCCAAUAUGAAGUUUUUGAAAACAAAUUUAACCAUAUGGAUGCGGCUUGGGGUUGUCCAACUGAAAGCGGCUGGAAGUUGGAGGGAAAUAAAUUAGUAUUUAAUUGGUUUGAUGGUCCAGCAUUACCUACAGGAGUUAUCAGCGAUAUUGUUAUAGAUCGUGAAGAUAGUGAUGAAGACGAUGAUGAGGAAAUUUCCAAUACGGACGUCAAAUACGAAUUCGAUACGAGUGAGGAUGAUGGCAGCGACAAUGAAGACCUUGGCGUAGAAGAAACUACGGAGAAUAUGAACAACAUAACCAACUCCAGUAACAGCAUUGCCAGUUCUUCAGAAACUUUGAACAAUGACAGUUCCAAAGCCGAACAUUCUGAUGGCUGGUUAACAGUUAAAGCUCGAAGAUUCAAAAAUGGAAAUAAUAAACCAAGAAGAUCCGACACUGCUCUUUCUUGGGCUACAAGAUUUCAUCAAGUCAGCGCCACAGCCAGCCUGCCAGCCUUAGCCUUUCCAGAAUCUACAGACAACAGUAAGGCACCAAAAUCUAUGGAAAAGAGCGUCAAAGAAAACCUAAACACAUUGAAAAGCCUUAAAAAUAGUGUUGAAAAAGAAGAAAGGGAUAAAAGAGGGUCGGCUGGAGGUUUGAAGAGGUCACACUCAACUAUGACUAAGUUUAGUUUGAGCAAUACCAUGCAAGAAAAGAAUAAGGUUAAUUUGAAUAUACAAAAGAGCGAUGAGAAAAACAAAAAUACAAAUAAGGAGCCGGAUAUUGAUUCUGAAACAGACGACGAGCAAUCAAAAUUGAAAGAAAUGCAAGACGAAAUGGCCACAGAAGAGGAGCACAGGAAGAAAACUAAGGAAUUAAACGAAGAAGAAGACAGACUGCAUAAAGAAAUAGAAAAAUUAAAAUAUUUAGACAUUGAAGUGGACACUGAAACUGAUGGCACUGAAACAGACGGGGAUGAAUUACAUGAAGACAAUGAUUGUUCUAUUAGCUUGUUAGAUUGUGAUCAGAUUUCGUUGGAAGAUAGAUAUGAACCUAUGUUGGCAGAUAUGUCUUGGAGUGAAAGGGUAGAUACUCUAGCAGCCUUGGAAGCAAUCAACGCAAGACACCCAGGAAGAGCGUUGGAGUUACAUCAAAAACUGUCAAAUCCUCAACGAAAAAUAAGUCUCACUGAAGCCAUAAGAAAAUACCAAGCAAAACAAGAAAAAGCACAACAAAGAAGGGAAGAUUUGCAAUUGGAACGUGCUCAUAAACUGCAAGCUCUAUCUGCAAGAGUAGAGGACGUGAAAGCUGCUAAAUUACAGCUAAUAGAAGAAAAAAGGCUAAGAAUGGAACUUCGAUUACAAAAGGCAGCUCAAAAUCGUAAACGUCAUUUACGAGGUAUCAUUAGAAAAGCUCAUGAUGAAGAGGAAAAAUUGAAAGAGAUUGCGUUCAUCAACGAAUUAGAAGCACAAAAUAAACGGCACGAUUUCUUACAAUCCUGUCGUGAGAAGCGCGGCCGCAUCCAAGGCAUCCAAGACGACCGGCGGAAAAGACAAGAAGAAAAAGCUGCUAAAGAAGCAGCAGUAGAAGAAAGGCGGAAAGCGUUGGAAAGGGAACGAUUGGAGAGGUUGGACAGGUUGCAGGACGAAAGGAGGCAGCGGGAUGAAAGGAUUGGCCAACAGCAGCAGCAAAGGGAGAGAGAAAGGCAGGAAUUAGCUAGAGAGAAGGCUAGGGAUAGAGAGGAACGUUUGUCAGCCUUGCACGAAAAACAGCUUGCCUCGACCCAAGAACUUCAAAAACGUAUCGAGCAAAAACAAGAAGACUCGAAACGUCGUCACGAAGAGAACAUGGAACAGAUUCGUCAGAAGGCACUGGAGUUGUCAAUUUUACGUUGCCAUCAGGACGAUAAUCAGGCUCCUAAUAUGGUACCGUAUCCGCAGCCCAAGUUGUGUACUGUGUGCAAUGUGCUUAUAAAAUCCGAAGUCUAUUUAAUGAGUCAUUUAAGAGGUCGUCUGCAUCAGGAAGCAGUCAAACAAGCUAAUCCAGGUUUAUCGUCAAACGAAUUAGAACAGUACAAUUUAAAACAAAUAGUGGACGCGCCUGACGGCAAGGAAGAUCCUAAAGUUUUGGCUGCCAAAGAAAGAGGCAAAUCUUAUAGGAAGAGGUGCAAGAAGAUAAGGCAGAGAAUGACAACGAAAGCCGCAGAAUAUGAAAUUGCUUAUAAACCAGCAAUAACUGAUGGCAGCAACAAAAGAAGCCUGAAUAGAAAUAUAAAUACUAUAGGGAGCAUAACUAAUCAAGCUAGUCAAGGUCUUUCACCAUCAAGUCUAAGUCAAUUAGAUAGAAUAUUGAACGAAUUGUCUAGACUACUGACCAAAGGCAACAGCAACGACAUUCUUAUGUUCCAAAGCGUUGGCGGUUUCGGUGUUUUAGGCAAGCUGCUUACUUUAGGACUUGAUGGGAACCAGUCAGUAUCUGUAAAAACUUUGAUCAUUUGUUGCAACUUAUGGCAGAUCGCUUGUAAGGGACCGGAUGGUGCCAAAAAUUGUGAAUACGUUAUUCUGUCUAACAAGUUAACGCCGGCCAUUGACUUAUUGAAUAAUAAAUUACAGGAUUUGGAUGAUUGCGAGGAAAACCUACCAUCUGAUCCCCUCAGUACCGCUCUUAUGCAAUUCCUGGCUUCAGUACUACAAAAUACUCCCUCGACCACUCCUGCCAGCAGGGUCCAUGACAUUGUCAGAAUCGGUACAGCACAUAUCGUUGCGGAAGACGUUAGCGCUGCUCUUCCAGAAUCUGCCUCAGCCAAGGAAGCCAAUCUCAUUGAUAUGAUGUGGAUGUGGGGAUAUCAGCUCCAAGAAACUCCAGGGCCUGGCUGGAAUGGAUUUAUGGACGCAGUAACAUCUAAGGAAAAGUUCAAAACCGCUAAGAAUGGCUACGAUCAAAGACACUGUCGUCGAAAUCAACCCCAACCCACUUCUUAUCGAUUGCUAUGUGUUGUGCGUGACGAUGAAGACCUUAAGGAGUACUUGAGAUAUGAACUUUUGCAGCUUCCAGCGCUGUUUGACAGGACGUUGAUGCGUAAAGGCACUAAGUCUGGAUUUAUAAACGUUUUAGAAGAAAUAGUGCCGCCUGUGAAAAACUUUUCAGUGAACGCAGAGUUUACAGUGGAUGACGGGUUCCUUUUACACAGGGUUGUGUGGGCGCGUCCAGCAAAUUUCAGCCAAAUCUGCCUCCAGUAUGUGAAGUACAUGAAAAAUCACUUUGGGCAAAAUGCUAUUGUGGUUUUCGACGGUUACGAAUCUCCAAACAUCAAAGAUGAAGAACAUACCAAAAGAAACGCCAGAGGAGCAUCGACAGAGAUUUUAAUCGACGAUGCUUUGUCCUCAACAUCACAACAAGGAGCGUUUCUAGCAAAUGUGAAAAACAAAGGGAAUCGCCUGCCGGAGGCAGAAUGGGGAUUAAUUGCGUAUGCAGGUCAGCCAAAACCCAUUCCAACUACAAAAGAACCGGAACGGAUUCUCAACAUCAUAUCCUGCAAUUGUAAAUCUGGGUGCGAAAAUAGAUGCGGUUGCAGAAGCAACGGUUUGAAUUGUAGAAAUAUGUGCGUCUACUGUGCAGGACAUGGCUGUACAAAUCGUUUGGACUACGCUGACUUGGAUAUCCAUGACGACGUUGAACCUUCGGCUGAUGUGCUAUCGGCUGAAAACAAAUUUUUGAGACAAGAAUUACAAUAUGCACAAAAGUUUGUAGAACGUCAAGAGGUCCAGCAAAUACAAAAUAUCGUAGUUAUCUACGGGUUAUGUAGCGAUACAGACGAAGAAGAAACAGCGAAAAACAAGGCCAUGAAGGUUCUUACGUUUGUUGAUAAUAACUUAACGCCCAGAGAGAUAAAAAGUGUCAAGCUAAUCAAAUCAAAGGAAAACCGAGCAGCUGUGCAAGUUUCUUUUGAGGAUACAAAAAGGAAGAGCGAUAUAUUGAGAUGCAGGUACCAGAAAGGAAAAAUCAGCAGAGAAAUGUGCAAUAUCCCAAAUGUAAGGGACAUUUAUAUCAAUGAGGAGAUGACGGCAAAAACAUACAAACUGUUGAAGGAAUCUUAUAAACUCAAAGGGUAUGGCUACAAAUAUGUUUGGCAAAGGGGAGGACUGGUUUAUGUAAGGCUGACGGAAAAUGGUAACGCUGUUAAAAUAAAUAGUAUCGAUCUGAUUGCUGAGAUGAUAGAAAAUUCAAGUUUCUGCGUCUGCGUGGGAAUCGUAGAGCAAUUAGCCCGAUGCUGUUUGGCAGUACGCGGGCCCGUCCACGAUGUACCGCCGGCUUGUUCGUUUCUGUUGGCAGCCUUGGAGUUUCUGGCAGCGUUGGCACAUCAUUGUCCCGAAGACAGUGAUCCCACGCACCUGGUUUCCACUUUGCACGGUACCGAGCUUUUAGGCUGCGUCUCUAUGCUAUAUGGAUCUCUGUUACCUCCAGAUUCAACUCCUAGAGUAGAAGGUCAAUCACCAUCGCUCAUUCCACCUCCUUGCCUUAGUCUGGCAACUGCUACUUUUAGGCUACUGCGAAGAGUGGCCGAGAUAGAUUUAAGCAAAUUCCAGGUAAGAAUACGAAUUAUAUAA